AUGGUAAACAUGUAGCCAUACAAAAACCAGCAAAGCAAGGAAGUGAAUAUUACAAUUACAAGCAUUUUCACAGUAUUGUCCUUCUUGGAGUGUGCGAUGCUAACUACAUGUUUACAUUUGUUGACAUUGGUGAUUCAGGACACCACAGUGAUGGAGGAAUUUAUGCAAAUUCAGCAAUUAGCAAAUUCUUUGAAGAUGGUUUUAACAUGCCUCCACCGGCAAAGCUUCCUUCUUCAAAUGCGGAAGUGCCCUAUUGCAUUGUAGGUGACAAUGCUUUUCCAUUGAAACCAUACCUAAUGCGCCCCUUUCCAGACCGCGGUCUCUCAGAAGACAAAAGAAUAUUUAACUACAGAUUAAGCAGAGCUCGGCGCUGCAUAGAAAAUGCCUUUGGUAUUCUUGCACAAAGAUGGCGGGUACUGCGGUCGACCAUAAUGGCAAAUGUUGAAACUGCAACACAGGUUGUCAAGGCUACUGUUGUUUUGCAUAACUGGUUGCAGAGAAAAAGUUUGGAAAAGUCUGUGGAGAGUAGAAAAUACAUCGGUACCUAUGAUGUUGAUUAUGAAGUUAAUGGUGAACUUAUUGAAGGAGCUUGGCGAGAAGAAGAAA